AUUUUUUUGCAGCAUGCAGCAACAACCUAGCUUUGAUGCGUUUUACCCACGCGGGGCGAUGAUGCUAUCUAGAACUAAACCGGCAUCUCCCAAUAUGUACUGGGAUGACAUUAUCAAAACAUGAAAGUUCAUCGAGAGCUCUGUCGACUGGGUUUCCGUAACCCCGGGUGAUUAGGCGGAUUGGACCGUCUUUUUGAUUGAAUUUGCGGUUGAGCAAGCUUCUUUUUCAGGAUGCCACCGCGAAAACGAUUGCGUGACGCCUCUCUAUCGGCAAGUGCGAAUAGCUCUUCGACAGGAAACAAGAGGCAAAAAACCAAGCUUAAUCUACCAACUGUUCCCCCUCGAAAGGCAACCCUCUUCGACUCUAUCGACACCGUCUCCACACCAGGAGCAUCUGCCAAGACUCGGUCUCCGGCAGAUAUUCUAGGCGUCAGCGACGAGGAUGACAGUUCCCUGUCAUCAUUGUCAGAUGAGGAGUUCAAAGAUGUGGUCGCAGCAGCGGAUCGCAGCCUCGAUAUGGCCGACGAGGAUGAUGAUGGUAGUGAUGAUGACGACGAUGACAUCGAGUUCGAAGAUGUCCAGGCUUCUCUUGCCCCAUUUGCUGAGGAGGCUGCGCCCUCUGGGGAUCUUGAGCUGACACUGGACCUAGACGGAAGGAUUUCGCUCACCAACGAGUACGGCAACAAAAAAGGGCCGUCCAAAAGGGAGCGGAUCACGCGCAAUGCGGUCCACCGAGUACACGUCAUGUUUCUCAUGUGGCAUAACGCCGUCAGGAACUCGUGGCUAUGUGAUGCCGAGGUCCAGGGUCUUCUGCUCUCUCAUGUCCCGCCCCGGGUCUGGGAAGAAUACGAACGAUGGCGAAGGGCCUCUGCUCUCGACAGGGCCAGCGAGACACCUGCGUCUAGAUCGAAUGCCCCCAAAACCAAGGGCAAAGGCAAGGGGUCAGCCAAAGAGACGGCGAGACCGUCAAGACGGGACUGGGGUGAUGCGGCUCAACGGCUAGAGAAUGGAACUGUCGACAUGAGCCACGGAGACCCGCUCUUCAGACUCAUGAAGGCAUUGUCUGCCUGGUGGAAGCAAAGAUUCCGUGUCACCGCACCGGGUCUUCGAAAAGUUGGUUACAUGUCACUUGAGCGUCUUGACCGUCUGACCAAAGGGUUCAAGAAUGGAGAUAAAAACACAGCGUUGUUCGGAGAACGUAUUGGGAGCUUGGAUGAGUUUAGACUCUGUGCUCAGAGCUGCACUGGUUCACGAGAUGUCGGAGCCCAACUUUUUACUGCCUUGUUGCGAGGGCUGGGGCUGGAGGCACGGAUGAUUGCUAGCCUUCAGCCCUUAGGAUAUGGUUGGUCGAAAUACGAGGAUGCUGAUCCCGAAGAAGAACGCAGUUCGCAACCAUCUCCUGAGAAGCCAACUCAAACCACGCAGACUCCUCAAAAGAAUACGAAGAACGAACCUCGACGGCAGCACGUAUCUAGUCGAUCUCGAGGAAAACAAAGUAAAGCCAUCGAGGAGGAGGAUUCGAAUUAUGUCGAUGACUUUGAACCACAAGAAGUGAAUAGCGAUGACGAAAUGGUUGUCGAGGUACCAAAGAAGAUGGCCCCACAAAGCAAAAAGUUCGACCAGGACCUUGAAUUCCCUCACUACUGGACUGAGGUGUUGUCUCCAGUGACACACAAGUACCUUGCCGUCGAUCCGGUGGUCAAAUUUGUUAUUGCCACCAACAGAGAGCUUGUCGAAAGUCUUGAACCUAGGGGUAGUAGGACAGAGAAGGCCAGGCAGGUUAUGGCCUACAUUAUGGGCUUUUCGUCUGAUGGAACCGCCAAGGACGUCACAGUUCGGUACCUCAAGCGACAAAUGCUGCCAGGUCGAACCAAGGGCGUUCGGUAUCCCAUCGAAAAGGUGCCUGUUUAUAACCACAAGGGCAAGGUGAAGCACUAUGAGCACGUUGAUUGGAUAAAAUCCGUCCUUCGUGGUUAUGUCAGAGGAAACAAGCGGCAUCCCAUUACUGAAGUAGAUGAGGAAGAAGACUCGACCGACCUGCGACCCGCCAAGCACGAGAAGAAAGAAGUGAAGGAAGGCGACGAGACUCUGCAGUAUUACAAGCAAUCCAAAGAGUACGUGCUCGAGAGGCACUUGAAACGCGAAGAGGCACUUUUACAAGACGCCACGCCGGUAAAGGUCUUCAAAGUAAAGGCGAAAGGCGGCGAGUUCACGGAAGAAAACGUCUACUUGAGAAGAGACGUUGUUCAGGUGAAGAGCGCCGAGACAUGGCACAAGCAAGGAAGGGCACCCAAAGAGGGAGAGAAGCCCCUGAAGAUGGUCCCAUAUCGUGCGGCUACGAUGAACAGGAAGAGAGACAUUGCAGCGGCCGAGGCAGCCACCGGAAAAAAGGUGCUCCAGGGACUCUACAGCAUGGACCAGACCGACUGGAUCAUUCCACCCCCGAUCAAGGACGGUAUCAUCCCAAAGAAUGAAUAUGGGAAUAUCGACCUCUUUGCCGAGCACAUGUGCCCUCAGGGUGCGGUGCACGUCCCAUUCCGAGGCGCGGUCAAGGUAUGCCGAAGACUUGGCGUAGAUUACGCAGAAGCUGUGAUCGACUUUGAGUUUGGACACCGGAUGGCGGUUCCGGUCAUCCAAGGUGUCGUGAUUGCAGAGGAGCACCACGAUCGUGUUAUGGAAGAGUUGGCCAAAGACGAGGCCGAACGGGCGCGCAAAGAGGAUGCGAAGCGGACGGCUGCGGCCCUGGCCAUGUGGCGCAAAAUGCUCAUGGCGAUGCGCAUCACAAACAGACUCCGGGAGGAAUAUGGAAAUGUUGGUGAUGGAGACCUGCGCAUCAUCCAAACUAGCCGGAGCCGCGCCGAUGAAACCACCCACAGGCCCGCAGAUGCUUCUGCCGGGUUUGAUGAGGACACAGCCGGCGGAUUCCUGCCAGCAGGGUACGAAUGCGAAAGUCAGGAGACAGAAGAUAAGGCGGUUGAGAACCAGGAAGCCCCUCGUGUCUCGAGCUAUUUCCCUGUUGCUGGAGAGGACGAUGAAGAUGAUGAUGACGACCUUGUCGUCGAGGACGCUCAAAUGGACGAUGCCACCUCGCCGGCUCUUGCUGGCGGGUCUGCUAUUAUUGGAGAUACUGAGCGCAGCGGGGAGCACGGUGAUGCCUUAGCUUCUGAUGGUGAACAGCACCAAGCUGAUGCCCCAGUUAUGGAGGAGGAUGCGGUUUAUUCGAAUGGUUCAAGCAGGUCUGCCGCGUCGAAGCGCAGACGAGCCACUGUCGAAGCUUCGCCCGCUACUCGGGUGAGGCCAUCACGCCAGGCUGCCAAAAAGGCCAAACCUAAACUGAAGCAGCUUGAGUCCGAUAUUGAUACUCAAUAACUACUCGAGCAUUUUCACCGGCUGGUGGGCAUGAGGGUUUCCUGCUUUGUGACCUUGUAAUGGAACGCUAUGGAGUCGAAGGGAUACUACUAUGGAGUUUUUAAAGUGUUUAUCUGUGACGCUACUCGUAAGUUAUGUAGCGUAGAUACGCUAUACCCGAAACCACCAGAUUGGCUUUUGUGAGUGAAUAUUAAUUCUGAAACGUAACAUGUGCUG